GCAUCUCGCGUUCAGGAGAGGCACUUCGCGUUUGAUGUGCAGUGGCGGUGGCAAGUGUACGGUAAAAUCGACGCGUGUUCGAAAAAACAAUCGACCGAUCGAUCACUCCAGUCCCGGACCGAUUGGAUUUGUGUGACAAUGUAGACGAAAACCGACCGACACCAGCAUGUAAGGCGAGUGUGAUACGCGAAGUUCGGCGGCCCACACGACCUGAAAAUUCUCUUCCGUUUCUUCGUCUUGUAUGUAGUUUGUAAAAUGCUGGGUGUCCUAAAACGACGUUGGAAACCCAAAAGGUCUGCCAACGUCUCCCGCAUCCCCGGCUCGGACCCGACCUCGAUCGACGCCGAGAAGGACAAGCCCUGCCGCCCGUCCGCGCGCCAAGUGCACCCCGUGUGCGAGGACAAGGCCCAUUUUUUAGGGUACGACAAGCACGUAGUCAUGCCGGAGCUGUCGCCGAACGACCUGGCCAACGGCAGCCCUCCGCCCUACCCCAAGCGCGCCAGCCUCGACUCCAACCCGAGCCCCACGCAGUGCUACCCUCUAGCGCCCAAUAUCUGCGUCGAAGCGGGGAGGAUCCAGUUUAUUCGCCAGGAGACAGAGGGCGUGCAGCAGCCGCCCGACAGCUUGCCGACGCCACCGACGACGCCGCGGGCGUGCGGGAGGGUAACUGUGACGAGGGGCCAGCAAACUGAAGAGGGGGAUGAAUCGUUCGACGAUGCGAAGAAAUCCCUCGAAGACCGAAUCCAAGAACUCGAAAUAGCCUUAGAAGCCGUACAGAAAAACGAGCUACGCGACAAACAGACAAUUGCGAAGCUGCAGAAGCAGUUGGCAAGGAGAGAAUCAGCGCAGAGGGAUGCUGACCGAGAACGUCGUCUUCGCGCAGACAGCGAGUCCAGGGCGAAGCAAGCCCUUCAGGAAGCCGCUCGUUGCAAAUCCAGACUCAAAUUACUUACUACUGAAUUUACUAGGAUGGAAGAAACUGUGCGUUCGAUGCUGGUGUACAAGAAGCAGGCUGAGCAGCUGCGCCAGGAGAAAAACGCAUUAACCUUAGCUUUCGAGAACCGCUGCCAACAGUACCAAACUACCAUUACGCGCCUCAACAAUGAAAUCUUAACGCUAAGGCAACAGCUAGCACAAGUCAGUAGCGAAACAAAUCCGGAGGAGAUCCUCCAAGCGCACGCUGCAGCUUUACAUCGACACGCCGAAGAGUCUCGCAAGCAGUAUGAGCGCUGUCUAGACGACGUGGCCAACCAGGUCGUCAAAGCCCUACUAGCACAAAAGGGUUUACGAGAAGAAGUUGGUGCUUUAAACAACAGGAUACACGAACUCGAAUCGCAAAAUCGAGCGCUUACUUCAAUGCUAGUGCAUCAGUUGAGAGGAGAAACUACCCCUCCUGAAGAAAUCGUAGCCAAACCUCCCACGCCUUCAGAGGAAACUAGCACCGCUGUCAAACAUUACAAUUCAUUUAAUUCCGAAGUUCUUGAGGAAGAUAACGAUAAUUGCGACAACAGUAACGAAACGGCGCUAUCGAAGUUUGAAAGACGGUUAUCGACCAAUUCCGAGAUUCUAGACACCCGGUUGUCCCUCGAAGACAAACGGCGCCACCAAGUCCUGACGAAACUCUGGACUGACUUGAAGGGAUCCGAAGUCACUCCUAAGAAGCUCUUAGAAGCCUUAAGUGCCGUCGAUUCCACCCUAUGGGUGCAACCGCAGAGGCCCGUCUCACUCAACUUACACCUCCCGAUCGUUCAAGCGACGAAGUACCGGAGAACCAGACCCAUUCUAGCCCAGAGUAGUUCAAAGAGCGAAGAAGAAACCACGGGGAACGAAUCCCCCGAAAGCGGUAACCGCGACGAGGGUUACUCGACUAUGUCAAGCGAUGUCCAAGCGGACCCGACUCGAGGAUCAGGCGAAGCUAUCCCUAAUCGAGGACUCGAAGAUCUGAAGGAAGCCACCGACGAGACUGACAUUACCGAAACGCGCCUUCUUGUGACCGACAAUAAGGAUCCAGACAUUCUUUACAUUCCUUUUAAUUUAUUGAACCUCAAGCCAAGGAAUAGUUAUCCUCCAGGAAAAGACAUGCUGCCUUUUCAACACAUAAUGAGGAGCUUCUCGGAUUCUCAUUUGUGUAUCAAAAUCACGACGGCGCCGAGCCCUUGCUACACCUUCAGUUCGCCCAUUUCCAGCAGCCCUUCGAUCUUCGUCUUGGACAUCACGGAUAAGAACCCGCUGCGGAGGGCGAAAGCCACUAGCACUCUGUGGGAAAUUUUAGGUAACACUAACCUAGAAAUCUGUGAUGACAAAGCCUCGCAAAUCUCGUGGUCCAGCACGGCGGAGGAGCGCCUCGAGUGCACGACCUGGGACGCCGAGUACAUCCAGCAGUGGCUGCGCCUCGACGAAACCAGGUCGGCUCUUCAGCAGCAGCACCGGGACAUGCUGGAACUGGAGUACGACCGCGCCGAACUCGAGGAUUGGAGUCUGAGUCUGUCGAACGACGACCUGCGCGAGCAGUACAAGCGCGUCGACGUGCUGACCCCGGGACAGAUCUCCAUCUCCACCCUCCCCAGCAUCCAGGAGAACAACGCCCUGGAGCUGGAGGAGGACUCGAACGAGUGUCUCUGGAACAGCUCGAGCUACAUGAUGGACAAGGAAGGGCGCGAGUUGGUCACGCUCUUGAUGGACAAUGGGUCGAACGGGGAGAACGAGAAGCCGUGGCCGUAUGCCGUCUCCACCAUGGUCAACCAGCAGAUUUCGCCGGAUAAUAGCUGGUCGAGUGGGUCGGAUUGCUGCCACUCGCACGAGCCGGAAACGUGCUCGAAGAGGUCGUCGGCGGCCUUGAGUGGGUGUAGCGACGACACGGGGGAGCUUCCAGCCGUAGGGACGGAUUUCACGCGCGAUUUUUACAGACUGGUGAAGUUCGAAAGCACCAAAAGCCUAGCAUCCACGUCUUCCAGAAGCCUCGGGGGCGCCCUCAGCGAGAACGGCGACCACCGCGAGACCACGCUUCACAACGUCCUCAACUUCAUCGCCGAGCAGCAGAAGUACGUCGCCUCCCGCGACCAGAAGGAGUCCCCUCGUCCGUGCUCCGCCAGCGACAUCACCAAAGACUUCAACAUCGAGGGUCCCCCGCAGCACGUCGGCGACGUGAAGAUCUGCGACAGCGACGCCUGCCUCAACAAGAGCAUCGACGACGAGAACUACGUCACGUUCAAGCAGCUGUGCUCCGAGUACACCAUGAACGAGCACAACCUGGAGCUCAAGCAGAACAUCGCGUACGCGGACGAGGUCUGCCUGGUGACCCCGCUGGACGUGGAGUCCGAGAACUGUUCGAACAUGACGGAGCGGCCCGUGGACAUUUGCAGCAGUGUUAACGUGGAGAUCGCGUCGACGGAGUACCAAUCGGGGGUUUUGAGCGAGACUCCGGUGGACGAGUCGUUCACCAACAGCGACGUCUCGACGAACAACUGCACGAGCGACUCGGUGACGUCGAGCGUGAGCACGCCGGAGACGAUCGUGUCGAAGAUCCCGCGGAGGAAGCAGAACUCAAAGAUCCCGCUGAGUCCGGCGAAGAAGAGCGACAGCGGCGGCCCGGAGACGAAGAUACCAAAGAGCAAGAUCCCGCACAAGAGCAACAAGGGGGCGAAGGCGCAGAAACAGAAGGUGGUGGAGGUGCGGCAGAAUAGCGUGGCGCAGCACGUCAUCACGUCGGAGAGGCUGCCGCAGUGCUCGUCGGGGGUGAUUAGUAAUAUCAUCGACGGGCCGCCGCAUAGGGCUGUGAGUUUUCAUGAGAGGGCCACGUCGAAGGACGUCAUCGACGAGUUGAAUAGGAUGAUCAAGAAUGGGGAUGAGGGGCAGGAGCAAGGGGAGGCGGUGGGGUCGAAGCUGGAUCAGGGGUGCAGGGCGACGGGAUGGGUCCACGUUGAAAAAGACAUUGAUUUGACGGAUCCAAAAGUAAGAAAAAAGGAUACGUUAUUGGCCAGAGCCAACUUACUCGAUGUGAUGAUGGCGUCGGUAUCGAGCGAUUCCUCCCCAACGUCCUCAUGCGGCGGAAGCGUUGCUAGUGAUUCCACAGAAGACCCACCCGAUUAUGGGCACUUGCACCGUAUUCACAGGUUCCACCGACAGAAAAAAGCGAACGCCGCAAGACCCGAACUGGCCGUGGUCAGGGCGUCGCUGGGGUCGACCCGGCCGACCAUAAUCGGCCGGCCCGACUUCUUCGUGCGCUACGGCGAGAAGGAGAUGGAGGCGGUGGCCAGCUUCGACUUCCUCGACGACUUCAGCACCACCAGCAGCUCCCUGAGCGAGAGCGCCGAGCUCGAGGAAGAGUUCAAGCCGACCGAGGACCGAGUGCUGCACCUGAAAGUCAGCCAAGUUUGAAUGAGUUUCAUUGAUAUUUUUUGUAUACGUCGUAUUUAUUGUCUAUAUGUAAAUUAUUUUAUUUAUAUUUGAAUACAAGUGUAAAAUUUUA